GGGCCCGGGGCGCUGGAAUCUGGGCAGGACACGGGGGCGGGGGGAUGGUGAGUGACCUCCACAGCCACAAAACAACCAAGCGAUCGACGCGAACACACAACUCCGCGUGCGGCAUCCCACCCUCGGCCUGGCUCCGCGCCACGGGGCCGCACUGGGCCCCGGGCCGAGCUUGUAAAGGGCGCUAGCGGCCUCCCACUUCCCUGGGGAUUGGUCUGCCCCACGACAGAUGUCUGCAGCGCUCCAGCAGCCGGGACGGAGCCGGGUUUUGCCGAGUGAAACCAGUCCCCCGGGAGCUUUGCAGCCCGCCGGGUUGGGGCAGCGAGCGGCGGCCGCAGCGCUUCCGGGGUGCGCAGGGACUGAGCCAGCCCCGUUCCCACUCAGGCUCACCCUCUCCCAGGAGCCCCGGCGUGGGUCUCUGCGCCUCACAGUUCCUGCCCCUGGCGCCACCACUGCCCAUGGAGAGUAAAGAGGACGGCAGCGACUCGGACAGCGGGAUCAUGCUGCACUCAGGCCCAGACAGCCCCGUGUCUCCACUGAAGGACCUGACCCAGGCGGUGCGCAAGCAGCAGCAGGAGCUGGCAGCGCGGCUGGAGGCCUGUCUGGCGGAGCUGAGGAAGCUGUGUCUGCGCGAGGCGGAGCUCACGGGCAUGCUGCCGCAGGAGUACCCCCUGAAGCAGGGGGACAGGCCCCCCAAAGUGCGGCGGAGGAUCGGCACCGCAUUCAAACUGGACGAGAAGACAAUCAUCUCGCGAGGAGUGGACCCGCUGAGCACGCUGGAGAGAGACCUGGCCCUGCAGCUGCAGAUUGCCGCGGCCACGCAUCGCCUCUACCGGGAAGAGAACAUCAGCAAGCACAUCAAGAAGCGGCGGAAGAACAUGGUGCUGAAGGAGGAGAAGAAGCUGAAGGAGCUGGAGAAUGCCCUCAAUGAGUGUCGCUUGACAGCCAAGCAGGAGCCCAGGGCCAGCAUCACAGCCCUCGGGGAGCUGAGUGCCUCGGAUGACAGCUCCCUCUCGGAUGCCAUCCUGCUGGAGGAGGAAGAAACCCAGGCUCCGAAUCAUCGUGCUGUCCAGCAGCUCACGGUGCCAGUCCAGCCCGGCACGCCGCACAGCUCCCCGGCCCUGCCCACCCGCUGUGCCCCUCCCCAGCAGUGUGAGGGGCUGCCACCCACGCAGAGCGAAGUCCCGGAGUUGGAGCGCUCGCCCAUCCAGAACAGCCCCUGGAAGGAGACCAGCCUCGACAGGCCCUACGAGAAGCCCAGGAAGCACUCGGCUGAGUCCUGCAGCCUGCCAAGCAGCCCAGCUGGGACACCCGUGCCAGCGCCUGCCUGCAGCCCAGCCGCUCAGAGGACAGCUGAGACGCCCCCAUACCACUUUGUGCCCAUCCAGACCUUGGCCUUGUGGAGGCAGGCUGGCUCAAGUGGGCUGCCGACCCCAGAGAUGCAGGCGAGGAGAGGGCAAUCCCAGUCCAUGAGGGUGGAUGUGUCCCGGGACCGAGCGGAGCUCCGGGGGAGGAGCGUGCUGCCAAGACGACGUCCCACCUACUACACGGUCACCGUCCCCAACUACUGCUUCCCUCCAUCCAAACCUGGCCUGGCCUCCCACUCCAUCUACCACUCCAGUUCCGAGGACAGCAACUCUGACGUCUCCAGCAUCACAUACGCCCCGUCGCCCGGCAGCAGCAGCCCUGACAUCUCCUUCCUGAGGCCGGUGCCUCCGCCGUCCACAGAGCAGCCCUCACCGGUGUUGAGGAGCCCGCGCUCCACGGCCGAGGCAGCGUACUAUUACCAGACCCCCCAGAAGCGGCUGCUGCCUCCCAGUUACUUCCCGGCUGUGGAGUAUGUGGCUGGGCGGGAGGUCUGCCGGGGCUACCCUUCCCUGCGGCCUGGCAGCCCAGCUCCAUUCCCCUAUGAGCAGGACAUGGUGCAGCUGCGCUGCCACUGGCUGGGCCCGGCCCCCAGCCGGCUCAUGCGCACCCCAUCCCUCAAGGACUACGCCCCGGGCAGCGGCAGGGCCCUCGCCAAGUCAGCCGUGUCAGAGGAGCUGAAGUCGUGGCAUGAGCGCACCAAGCUGCGGAACUUGCGGCCCCACUCGCUGGACAGGCAGGGGGCCUUCCGUGUGCGGAACGCGCCGGGCAGGGAGCUGUACGCCUCGCGCUCCGCCGGGCAGCAGGCUCAGGUGUGUCAGAUCCACGUCCUGAAGCGGUCUCCCGAGGGAGCUCCUGUGCAGGUCUACGUGCCAGAGAACGGGGAGGUCGUCACUCAGGUCUAGAGUCUGGGCCUGCUGCCAAGCCCUCGCCAAGAGAGCCCCGCGCCCAGCUGGUGAGAAGAGGCAGCAGUGAGCCUGGGCGCAGGGGCUUACUCAGGAAGCCAGCUGGUUGCCCUGGAGGGGACUAGCAAGGGGGCAGGACCCCGGGUGCACCAGUCCUGACCACGUUAUUUGGACACUGCCAUUUGGAAGGACUGGAUUCGUUCUGGCGUUGUCACCUUCUCAGGCGUUUCUCUUUGGACUGUGGGGUGCCUCCUCCCCCAAGAACUCCCCUGUCUGUCUGCCUGUGGGUUUGUGUGGCCUGCAGCAGAGGAGGGGGGCCGGCUUGGAGCAGGACUGGUUCGGCUGCUGGAUAUGCGCCAAGGGACAGAUGUCCUUGCUUCACAGGUGUCAUGCAGCUGAUAAGAAAAGCAGCAGCUGCUGGGGUGAUGGUACUUUGCUAAUAGAGAGACACCUGCAGGAUCAUCAUUAUGUGUCAUGGUUCAGUCCAGUGCCAGGGAAUUGUCCUCUUGUUGAUUCAGCAUAGAAGCUGCUGGUUUGCCGAGCACCCCACCACCUCCUGGAGAAUGCAGCAAGGGCAGUCAAGAUCAGAGUGUUUGGGCAAUUGGGGAAUGGGAGGAUUUGAUUGGCUGCUAGUCUUGCUGCAGACCCAUAAACCACUGCACCUCUCCCACAGGUACGUGCCUUGCCCCUUUCGAGGCUCUAGAUCCUUCUCUUCAGUUGUAUUGAAGAGAGAAGUCAAAGGAGGCCAUCUGCCCAGCUGUGCCAGCAGGAAGUGCAGUUUACAAUUGAACUUACCUGGCUCCCGCCUUCUAAGACCUUGUGGCUUGAAGCCUGGGGGAUAUCACCCCACUGUACACACCAGGCAUUGGUGAGAAUAAGUGACUGGGCAAAGUACUACAAGGAGUCAGUGGUAGACGACGUGGGUUCAAACCCUGCCUCCAAUUCUCACCACAGCAAUCGAUCCCCAAGCCCAGCUGGGAGAGGUGAACAGAGCAUUGGCCAAGGAAUCACGAUACAGUAGAACCUCAGAUUUACAAACACCUCAGGAAUGGAGGUUGGUCGUAACUCUGAACAAAACCUUACGGCUGUUCUUUCAAAAGUUUACAACUGAACCUUGACUUAAUACAGCUUUGAAACUUUAUUGUGCAGAAGAAAAAUGCUGCUUUUAACCAUCUUAAUUUAAAUGAAACAAGCACAGAAACAGUUUUUGUACCUUGUCAGUUUUUUUAAACGUUCCCUUGAUUUUUUUAGUAGUUUACAUUUAACACAGGAUUGUGCUGUUUUGGCCUUUUUCCCUUGUGUCUCUGCUGCUGCCUGAUUCGUACUUCCGGUUCUGAACGAGGUGUGUGCUCAGCUCGUAACUCUGAAGUUGUACUGGAGUUGCCAAGUCCUUGAGUGACCCAACUAUUUGCUGCCUUUGCUUGCGUGCGGUGCUGGGGAUGAGAGGGCUGGUUUUCUUCUGCAGUCGAACACAGAACUGACAUUUGCUUCCUUUGAGGCAUCUGUGUCCAGGCACCUGGCUUUUCCCACACGUCAUUUAUCAGGGUGCGCCAUAUGCUUCCUGUACAAACAUGCCCCAGAGACUUCCUCCUGCUUCAGCCACCUGGGGUGCCCUGAACAUUGGCUGCCCAGGUACUUACAGGCCCUUCCCACUGCAGUAUCUGGGUACUUUGCAGUGCCCCUGGCAGGUACCAGCACCAUUGUACAGGGCGGGAAUUGAAGCCAGAGAGACUAAGCACAAGAUCCCUUUGCGGAUCUAGGUGCCUAACUGCUAGUUUAGGCAUCCAAGUCCAAAAAUUAGAUCCUCAAAUCCCCCCACACCCCCAGGAGCUGCCUAAAUCUCUGCUGGUGGCCAUAUGCCAGGCCACCUAAGUCCUGAGUGGCUGAGCUGCUCGGUGCCUAAGCCCCAUGCCUCUGCCUGGCUCCGAGACGGCUAAUGGAUUGGGUCUGGCUCAAAACAGCUCAGGCAGUGGGCUCUGGGUGCCCCAGUGCGUAGAGCCUCCCCCCAGCUGUGGGAGAGCCAGCUUCAGCGCCCCGCUCUGCCUGGUGUGGAGCAGGAGUGGCCCCUGGCUAUAGAGUCACACUCACUCGAACGACUGGGAGCGAAGGGUCACAGAGCACCCCUGGGGCACUCACCAUAGGGGGCUCCCCAGGCACCAAUGCCCAGGGAGCCUGGGCACUUAACCCAGGGCUGGGGAUUCUGCCUGGCACUUCACUGGACAUUGCUGAGUGUGAAUCCCCUUUGUGGGUCUAGCCCAGUGAUUUGCACAGGGAGCCUGUGGCCAGCCAGGACCUGCCCCCCAUGUCUCCCGAGUGCUUUACCCUCCAGAUCAUCCAUGAACCCCCUUGUCCUACUGUCUCCCUGGUCCCUGCAGCAGCCCCCUAUUGCUCACUACCCUGUGGCUUUUAUAACUGCCCAGGCGUCUUUCUGUGUUAGGCUGAGAAAUUAACCCAUUAAUUACGGUAGCUGACUGAAUUUAGAUACAGCAUCUGUGGCACCAUUUCUUUAUAUUAACUUAUUUGCAAUAAGGUACAGUAUUGGGUCCCCACCCUGUGGGUUUGUAUCGAACAGCGAGGGCUCAGGUUGUCUGGAUUUAUUCCAAGCUCUCUUCUUUAAUAAAUGCUGUUGCUACUUGGGG